AUGUCUACUUCAAAAAACAUCAUGUUGAGGAAUUCUGAUGGCAAGACUUUCGAAGUGGAAGAGUCUGUUGCUUUGGAAUCUCAAACGAUCAAGCAUAUGAUAGAGGAUGAUUGUGCGAAUACAAGUAUUCCUCUUCCUAGUGUUACGAGUAAGAUCUUAGCUAAGGUGAUUGAGUAUUGUAAGCGUCAUGUUGAUGCUGCUGCUAGAUUGAAGAUAAAGCCGCUGAGGAUAAUUGAAGAGCUUUGAUGCGAUUUUGUUAAAGUUGACUUGGGCAUUCUUUUUUAUCUUAUUCUGGUAUGAAUU